GUUUAGUAACGCAGCGGAAGGAAGUUUAGCUUAUUAGCGUUCGACGAUACGGGUCACUGUCUUGGACGAAGUUACCGAGACGGGAAUGUGAUCACUGACCCCAUUAUCAUCAUUGGCGAUGAGAGAAGAAAGAGACGCACGUGGCCUUGUUGUGGUGACUGUUGACAGCCGGCGCUCUCGAAUGGAACAAGUAAGCUGCGUGCGGUGUGUUUGACGAGUGGUUGGCGGGAGGCGGUUUUCUUUGUACUACGUCGGUUGUGUCGGUUCGCGGGUGGCGGUGUCGGGCACAGCGGAAGGCAGCUGUCGGAGCAGCGCGGCAUUGCGGCGGCGGUUUUUCCCGGAAAUAUCGACCGCGCGACCGCCUGGGAGUGCACCACGCCAAACGGGUUGUCCCGGUUAACGUGGCUGAAGAGACAAUGCCGGGAUGUGAGGACAGCGCUUCGACACGCGGAUCACGUUCCCGCGAAGCGCAGGCGCAAAGGCCGGAGCGCACCUUUCCGGCCAUGACCUGACGUCAUUGUGCGCUCGUUGACAACCGGGGUGAAGCUGCUGGGAGGGAGCCGCCUGGUGCCAUGCGGGUCAUCAUGCUGCGGCAGAAGAACCUAAAGUACUUUUUCUACUUCGUGGCCGCCAUCUUCUCCCUCAGUCUUCUUCUCCUGUCGCUGCUGAAGACGGCCAGCACUGUGGACGGCAAUGCCCUCGCACCCUCGUCGCUACAGUUUGGCGAUGCUGCCGACGCUGCCCUUCCAUCGUCCUCAACGUCUAAGACGUAUAGGAUCCUCAUCUGGGACGUCGGCAAGCGCAUGUCGAGGCGGUUCCUUCGCUCCUUCGGCAACACCGAGAAGGACCCGUUCGCGUUCUGCAGCGUGCGGAAUUGCGUCAUGGACACUUCAAACGACCGGAUAGACGAAGCGGACGCCGUCAUGUUUCAUCUGCAUCUCACGAAGGGGCCGCACACGCUGCCAAACUCCAGGAGACGGCCGGGCCAGUUCUGGAUCUUCUUCACGGACGAGUCGCCACUGCACACGUUUCUUCUGACCAGGCAGUACAAUAUGAGCCACUAUAACGGCCUGUUCAACCUGAGCAUGACGUACCGUAGCGACUCGGACGUGCCCGUGCCUUACGGUCGCACGGUCCGGCUGCCGGAAGACACAAAUGAAGUGCUUCGGGACUACGCGUCCUCAAAGACGAACCUCGUCGCCAUCCUGGGUAGCAACUGCGGCGGGGCCAACAUGCGGUGGCCCUACGUCCGGGAACUGGCCAAGCACGUCAAGGUAGACGUGUACGGCGGCUGCGGCACCAAGGUCUGUCCGGGCCAUUUCACGCGCGACUGCGACGUCACCGAGAGGUACAAGUUUUACCUGGCCUUCGAGAACAGCAACUGCCGCGAGUACAUCACCGAGAAACUGUGGUGGAACGCGUACCACAAGGAGGUCGUCCCGGUGGUCAUGGGCGCGACCCGGGAGGAGUACGCGAGGCUUGCGCCACCUCACUCGUUCAUUCACGUAGAAGACUUUAAGGGUCCCGAGGACCUCGCCAGGUACCUGGUGUACCUGGACGGCAACGCGACCGCUUACAACGAGUACUUCGCGUGGAAGAGGAAGUACGUGGUCAAGAACGAACACGGGUACUUCGGCUCGCCGUCGCUACACCUCUGUCGUAUGUGCGAAGCCGUGAACCGCCUUCAGGGCAGGACGAAGGUUUACAAAGACCUCGAGAGCUUCUGGAAUCCCAAGAGAGACUGUCGGCCUCCCGUAUGGGUGCCUACUUACUAAAAAGAGUGCGUGAUAUGUAAUAGUAUUAGUAGGUUAGGUUACGUUUCUUUUUGUAUUUUCAAAUGCCCGUGUGGGACUCGCAUCUUGAGAAAGAAAGGCUUUCGCAUUGGCGAAUGUCUAGUCACGAGACGAAGGGCCUUUACGUGAUUACCGCGCGUGCGUGGAAGACGUUCUGCCGCAUAAAGACAGUUACGUGCGGCCUUGUUUCUAAGUAAGCUUCGAACGAAUCGUUCUACCUACCCGUUCGUGGCUUCUUGUUUGAAACGUAGCGGUUCCUGUUUACUGACGAUUCUAGUCACCUGUUUAUUCCUACGUGGUCACCUACAUAAAGAAUUUGUUGGCGCAUUAACUUGUUCAUGAGAUGUCAUCCGUUUCGGGUUAUGUGCGCUAAAGCCGCAUAACGCAUUUGCUCGAUUAAUUACAGUGUUGAAGAGAAUGUGCCUCCUGGUUCGUUCGUGCCUGUGAACGCGGGCGCAAAAACAUUAAAGUUGAUAUAUUUCAUACA